AUGUGCGGUGCUGUGGGGUGUGGGACGGAGGAGGGUGGUGAUGUGAAGCUGAGGAGCUGCAGUGGGUGUGGCAAGGUGGUGUAUUGCAGCAGAGAGUGCCAAAAGGCGCACUGGUUCUCCCACAAGCUCACAUGCCCUGGCAGAACUAGCGGGAAGAAGAGUGGAAAGGAUGGGAGCAGCAGUAGUGGCAAGGCGAUUGGCAAGGUCUAA